AUGUUCAAACGACACUCGCAAUGUGAACUGUCAUCCAAAGCUGUUUUUGAUAAUUUCAUAAUUUUUUUGAAUUCUCCAAUGUGGAAUAUUCCAAUUGCAACAUUUUUGGAGCAAUAUUCAGUAGUAUUCGAUGAUGAACAAAAUGAUUUAUUACUUUAUCACAAAAUUCAUGAUGAAUUCAAAUCGAUGGUCGAUGUAUUAAUGGAAGGUUUUUGUAGUGAUUUAAAUGUCGAAACAAAACAGCUUAUCUCUGUUCUCAAAUAUCACGACAACAGCCACAAGCUGUCAGCAAAGGAACGGUUUCUUUGUGGUGUACUUCCGACAAUAUUAUGCAUUGAAAGUAACGAUAUUAGCGAGGAAGAAUUUGGAAAAGUGUUAAUGGAAGGAUUAAAUCGGGAACAGUACAACCGUUAUAUAUUCAUCAAAGUUUUAAGGAAAAGUGAAGCAGAAUUUCAAAACGAAGCCAAAAAAUGCGAAAAGAUGCAAUUGAAGGAAGCAAUGAAGGCGAGUUUGCAAACAAAAAAACAACUUGAAGAAUGCAAGCAAAAAACUGAAGACGAAAUUAAUACGGUCCUCACAUCCGUUUUCAAAAUGCAUCCCAUUGUUUUUAUGCAAAAAAUCGAUGAUAAAAAAGCUUUUUCGAAUGUUGCAGAUUCAGUAAUAACACAGUUGAGUUUUAAAGAUUCAAAGAAAUUGUCGAAAGUCGAAGACUCUGAAAGACAAUUAUUAAAUAAGAAGGAAAAAGCCGAACCGAAAGAUGGGAGAGAACUGGAAAAAUCGGUUAGAAAAAUGUCAUCCGAUCUUCAUGUAUUAUCACAACACUCAUUAGGACAUAUCUCACAAAGUGAUGUCGAAGAACGCGCAGCAUACUUCCGUAAACAACGUAAUAAAAUAACAAUUGUUGGAAAUGUAGCAAUGAAAAGACCAGAAACAGCGAAAGCGGCACGAAUAGCAAUGUCAAGCAAAUCAAUCUGUUAUACUGCCAAUAAAGAAAUUUUGAAUAAACGACAAAUUUUAGCAUCAAAAUUAAAAUAUGAAAUCGAUCAUAUUAAUAAUUGA